AUGUCAACGGACGAACAACCAACUUCGACGAUACGCCAGUCGCGGCGCCUUGCGGGAGUUGCCCCGGAAUACGGGCUACUGGACACAAGACGCUUGACGCGCCAGUCUUCGACCCCAGAACCGGUGCAACUAGACGACCACGUCGAUCUGCCAACAUCGUCCCCGGAACGCAAGCGAGAAGCCGAAGGCUCUCCACAUGUAUCGCCGUCGACGAACAGCCCCGACUCGCGUCCCCCACCGAAGAAACCAGCAUUGGCCCCGGGUGCUGACUUGGCUCCUGAGCCUUUGUCACCCCAUGCCAGGAUUGCUACCGGAAACACCCCCAUGGUCCAAGGGGUGCCCGGCAGCAUGGUUCCAAGAACGCUUACGCCUACCUGGGACGAUCCCGGUGUACCUCGAAAUGUGGUUGUCACUACGAUCUCGGUUGCCGGUGGAGGCGCACGUGAUAGCCAUAACGCUUAUGCCGAUUUCACGCGCGACAUCAUCAAGAAACAGGAACUGGAAGCUUUGCGUUUCUUCCAGAAAGCCCAUGAAGACCGAUCUCGGCUGCUGGACGACCGGGAGACUCGACUCGUGGAAAUGGCCGAAUCAGCGGCGCAGGCGGCUGAAGCCCAUGAAACCUACCGGCAGGAGCAGUUCAAAGAGGCGUUGGGAUGCUACCAACGAGAACUGGACCUCGCUAGGUGUGUGGUCGGAAACGAAGCUAACGAAACCCUGAGUCAGGAGAUUGGGAGGCAACAAGCUAUGUGGGAAGCCCGGAUGCUACGCUUCCAGGAGAACCUGGAACUCACUUGGGAUAAAGAAAGGUCCUUACUCCUCCAGGACAAGGAAGUCUCGUUGCUCGCUUUGAAGAACCAACACACGGACGAACUUCUACGAGUGUCGACGGAAGCGGAACACACUAUCGAGGUCCGACGCCUGGAAGACGGAGGAACUGCCAAGCACAACCACACGUACGAAAUCCAGGCCCUUGUGGAAAAAAACUGUCGAAGCCGCGAGGCCCAGGAAACCAUCUUGGACAAGUUGCGUUCUCAACAAAACCAAGAGCUGACAUCUCUACGGACAGAACUACGCCUUCGGAACGGAUCUGUGCGAAUUGCCCCAUCUUUGGAGCGGGAGAAGGAUACCCUCACGGAAAGACUCCGAGUCCUGGAAGAACAACUCCGCGAGACUGACCGUCAGAGGGAACGUUUCGAACAACUCUGGGAAAAAGGGCGCCGUCAGCUCCAGGAGUCCGAACAACGUACGCUGGUCUCUCACGAGGCUCUGAACGAGGCAAAGGCCCGGUUUCAGGAAAGUGAAACCCGAGGGUCUCAACUCCAAGAAAAGCUCCUACAAGUUCAUACUCGGUACGAACAGGAACUACAAGAGGAGCAGACUCUACGCGAAGAAAUGGAAAGGGGUGUCCAAGAACAACUACUGGCGCUAACGUUGGAUCGUGACUCGGAGGAAUGGCGUGUGGUAACUCAAGAAAGAGAGGAGCUCAUGAAGUCGCGGGAAGAACCCGAAGCAAUCCUACAAAUGGUGUCCGACGCUCAGACACAAUUGGGGUUAAACACGACCCUCCUGCGGGAAGAAGAGAAAACCCUCCUCAGGGAAAGGGAAGCUUUCGCUCAGGAAGUCAACAAGUCUUACUCGAACCUCCGUCGGCAACAGUCUUCCUUACAAGUGGAUCAGCAAACGGUGGCCUUGCAACUUCAGGAAGGCCGACUCAGAUCCGGUUCGGUCGGGACUCCCUACGCGACACCCGCUUCGUCCCGAAAAGGCUCCCCCCUUCGAAGGGGAGUCAUUCGACUUUCAUGA